CCUGUGUCUGCACCUCCCCAACCCCCUUUUGCCUGUGACAAACAAGAGUGCUUUCAGCAAAUGGCUGGGCUCGCUCUAGUUAUACUAGCCUCUGGUGCAACACUACACAAGCUCCAAUCUUUUCAUACUGUAGCGCAAACCGAGGCAGCACCAGCCUGAUUGGCUAUCGCUAGGAACUCAAUGACUUGCACCUUCAUUUCAGUACGGACGCGUUUACUUACUGCACCGCGUUACUAUGGAAACCGAGGCGUUCCGGAGGAGAAGUUUGAUGGAUGGGCUGUCAGAAGAUGGAGAAAGUAUAGAUUAUGAAGAACAUAUAGUACAAAACACAUCAUGCAGCAGAGGAUCGGGAUGUGACUAUUCCAGUGAAUCGUUUGAAUCCCUUACAGAUUCAUUCAGUGACAAAGAUGAAAGUGAACCAUUUAAACCAUGUUCCUCAGAGCAAGAAUCUAACAGCACUACGGCAUCAUCAGAGAAUGGAUUUGGUGAUAUUUCAGUAUGCUCAGAGCAUGGAUCUGAUAACGUUUCAGGCUCUGAGCCUUCAGAAGUGGAUUAUACGGCCAAUGUACAUUGCCAAGAUUUGAUUAAAAAAUGGAUUGAAAAUCUUCAGUUCAAGCAUGCAUGCACGUCAGCUGCAAGAACUAAUGUUGAGUCAAGAAAUGCAUUUAUCGAAGAGUGUAGAGCUGGUCAGGAGACUGCUGAGACGAAGAAGUCAGCUGGCAAGAAGACCACUGAGAAAGAGACAGAGACUCUGCACACCUAUUGCUUAACAAAGAUAAAACACAUCACCCAUCCAUUAAGCAUCCACAAGAAACAAGAUCAACAUACUAAAAACGACUCCAAAAGUCUCAUGACAGACGAACUGAAAGCGGUUGUCCCACAGCAGCUGCUCAACAGGCUCCGUCUAGAGAACAUGAAAGAGACUUUAAGACAGGUGACGGAGACUGGAAUGCACCAACCCUCUACUUGUCCUCAUUGUACCAGUAAACGGGCUGAGCUGGCAAAGUGUGAAUUUCUUAGACUGAGAAGGACCAAGCUAGAAGCAUCCUUACUGCAGAGCAAAAUGGAGGAGCAUAUGUACACCAAAGACCUGCUGACCUGUAUUGGGGAGAUCCACCAGUCCCUUCCCAGGCUUUCUGAUGGGAGUAGCAACAUAUGGAAGACACUGUAUGCUAGCAGUAAGAAGACAUAGCCGGUUCUAAGACUUUGAAAGAGCCUUUCUAGAGGAACUCAUUUUGGGGGUGCAUGGCACUCUUUUCUGACAAAUAAAAACUGUGGUGUGUGUGUUUUAAACCAUGCCUAUGAUUAAGUGUCUGUAGACACAAAACGCGUAAGGCUAUCCCAUAGGAGCUGAAUAAACAUACAACUUUCUUUUACA